UGUUUUGACUGAAAAUGCCGUCGGUUUCGAAAACGGCGGUGAGCGCUUCUCCUCAAACCGAGAAACCAACCCACUACACAUAUUUAAAGGAGUUUAGGACCGAACAAUGCCCCCUGUUCUUGCAACAUAAGUGUACUCAACACAGACCCUUUACAUGUUUUCACUGGCAUUUCCUAAACCAGCGGAGAAGACGACCCAUCAGAAGAAGAGAUGGAACGUUUAACUACAGCCCAGAUGUUUAUUGUACAAAGUACGACGAAACUACAGGCAUUUGUCCUGAUGGAGACGAUUGCCCUUACCUGCACAGGACGACUGGUGACACGGAAAGGAAGUACCAUCUGCGCUAUUACAAGACUGGCACCUGCAUCCACGAGACGGAUGCCAGAGGGCAUUGUGUGAAGAACGGGCUGCACUGUGCCUUUGCUCACGGUCCGCAUGACCUCAGGCCCCCCGUCUAUGACAUCAGAGAGAUCCAGGCCCAGGAGGCUCUUCAGAAUGGGCAGCUUGGGACAGGGGAGGGUAUCCCUGACCUGCAGCCAGGAGUGCUGGCCAGUCAGGCCAUGAUUGAGAAAACCCUCACUGAGGACCCCCGCUGGCAAGAUACCAACUUUGUUUUAGCGAACUAUAAAACGGAGCAGUGCACCAAACCUCCACGACUAUGCAGACAGGGCUACGCAUGUCCACAUUACCACAACAGCCGAGACAGGAGGCGAAAUCCACGCAAGUUCAAGUACAGGUCGACUCCGUGUCCUAAUGUGAAACACGGAGACGAGUGGGGAGAGCCCUCAAAGUGUGACAGCGGGGACAACUGCCAGUACUGCCACUCACGCACAGAACAGCAGUUCCACCCGGAGAUUUACAAAUCUACAAAAUGCAACGACAUGCGGCAAACAGGUUACUGUCCCAGGGGGCCAUUCUGUGCAUUUGCACAUGUGGAGAGAAUACCUUCCACUGAGGAGACGAUGAACUCAUUGCUCACUGUGAUGCACUCCGGCUCCCAGUCAAAGCCGUGCUCCCAGCAGUACUCAGAGGGUCCUGCCAGCGAGUGGGGUGGCAAUACAAACUCCAUCACCAGCACCACUAGCAACAAUGGCCAAACAGGCAAUGUUUCAUGCUCUAAUAGUCCGACUGUAACAUCAAGCUCAGGAAGCAACAGUUCAUUGUCCCCAAUUGGACCCAUUGGCAGGCCCAAAAGCUUUACUAAUGGUAGCUUAUGUUCAGAGUCCACCACGUCCAGUGUUUCCUCUCCAACGUCUAACUAUCCCAAAGCUCCGGGGUUUGAGCGUGAGGAUCAGGCAAAAACACUGAAAGGUUAUCCAGUGGAUAGUAAUCAAAAAUUAAUGGACCAAGACAAACAGAACCUUAUCAGUGUGUUCUCAGCAGUGAACCCACUGGCAUGCAGUAUCACUUCCAGUAUAACAUCCAGCUUGGCCUCCAGUAUCGGGUCCGACCGUUCUUCCCCUACAACACUGUCAACAAUGAAUGCGAAAGCUACCCCCUUCUACCCUGGUAGCAACACCGUUGAAUCAGUAAUAGGCUCUGCUCUUGACCUGAAUUUCAGUGACAUUAACGUAGCCUCCCUUGAUAAAGAACUGGAGGAACAAGAAAACGGCGACCUUGGUUUAACAAAUCAAAGGCUACUAGGCGGCUCGGCCCCAGUCAACAUCCCCGGCUCUCUGGCACGGUCCGCCUCGCUGCACUCCUCCUCCUCGCUCUCCGCCUCCCCGCUCAGCUCGCUGUCUCAGUCCCUCUCCCAGUCCCUCCUGUCCAGUAUGGCACCCCAGCAGAGCCAGCCCCAGGUACCACCCACCAAGACGGAGCACAGCCUCCUGGGAACCUCCGUGUCCUCCCAGAGUACUCUGGCAGGUCUGAAUGGAGGUGCUGGUAGCAGCAUAUGGGACUUCUCCCCCAGCCCCUCGCCAGUGUUCAGCACUGUCGCCACUGUGAGCUCCAGCAGUGCAGAUCUGGCCCGGCUGCGCAGGGACCUUGACGAAGCCAAGAGGAAGAUCAAGCAGUGGGAAGAGGCCUGGCAGCAGGUCAAGCAGGCUUGUGACGCCUGGCAAAAAGACGCCCAAGAAGCAAAAGAGCAAGCCAAGUCUGCUGAGGUGGAGCGUCAGCUGGCCACCCAGAAGCGUGAGGACGCGGAGCGCAACCUGAAGCAGCUCCAGGAGAACUUUGACAUGGUUUGCCGGUCACCCAGCACACCCCUGCUGCGCAGCUAUGGAGAGCUGGACCAGCUCCCCCUUCCAAAGCUCCUUUCCAUUCAGACCCAGCUGCGUACAGAUCUAGAGCUCAUAGAUACGGUAAUAUAUCAGCUUCAGUCAAAGAAAUGUAUAGUUUGCCAAAAGCAUGAUCGUUCCAUCGUUCUGCAGCCUUGUCAACAUUAUGUACUUUGUGAGAACUGCGCACCUAGCAAAACAGAAUGUCCUUACUGUAAGACAAAAAUACUGAAAUGGUGAUGUAGAGCUAUCCAAGGUACUAUUUAUGUAUC